UCAAUCCUGAGGCAGCACUACUGAAGGGGGAGGUGAAGCUCCAUAAGACAUUCACUCGAUUCAGACAGCAGGAAGCUGUGAGCAGCACAUGAAUUUUAUUCUCUAGGCACUAGUACAGCUAGUGGACGGCUCUGUCAUAUCUGUAACCAGGAAACCACCCUGCACAGAGCGGCUUUAUUUCUAGCAAGGCUAUUUUUUUCCCAGGCUGUAUCAUUGAUGAUGCUAGAAAAAGGGCACCCAUCGCUACAUGAGAGUAUAAAGUGGAGGCAGUGAUUGCUGCAGAAGAUUUUUAAGAAACCAGUUUGAUUUUCAGGGUAACUGCCUCCUCAAGAAUGAAUUUAACUAUUGUGGGACACUAUUUUUGGUUGACUUUGUUUGGAAAAUAGGAUGAAAAGAAUGUGUAUGUGAGAGAAGGAUUACACUGAGCACAGAGCAAACUAAAGGAAAACUUCCAUCUGCACUGCUGGCAUCUGGGAAGAAUAAAGGGACUAAAUAUCCAGCUUUCAGGAUUCUCUUCCUCCACUGACUGGAGAUGAUUUUCUGAGGAAAACCCCAACACCCACACUUAGCCCAGCACAGACUUUUGCAAGAACAGACAUGGUACAAAACGUGAUUUUGGUAUUUUUCCGCAGGCGCCUGAGCCAAAGACCUGAUGUCGAGGAGCUUGAAAGAAGGAAUAUACUUAAACAAAGAAAUGAUCAAACGGAGCAGGAGGAAAGGAGGGAAAUCAAGCAGAGGCUGACAAGAAAGCUCAAUCAGAGACCAACAGUCGAUGAACUAAGAGACAGAAAAAUUUUAAUUCGAUUCAGCGAUUAUGUAGAGGUGGCAAAAGCACAGGACUAUGACAGACGAGCAGACAAACCCUGGACAAGACUAUCAGCAGCCGAUAAGGCAGCAAUUCGUAAAGAGCUAAAUGAAUACAAAAGUAAUGAAAUGGAGGUACAUGCAUCAAGCAAGCAUUUGACAAGAUUUCACAGGCCAUAAAGAUUUUCUUCUGAGAAGAAUUUGUCUUUACUUUUGAUACUGCUGCUGAACACACAUCAGGGAACGUAUAAAGGUCUUUCCCUGAAGUUCAGUCCAUGAUAACCUGAUGUUUAUGUGAGAGAAGUACUGUGGAGGUGAAACCUCUGCAGCACAUACAUACAGGAGCUACCAGAGGACGUACUUCGCUCUUUGAAGCCUGAAGAGUGAUGGCCUGUGAGGUGGGAGGAUCAAUUGGAAAUGAAUGAAGUAAAGCUACUGCAAGGAACUUACUACUCUCCUUUAACACUUGUUUUAAACUGAUUUGCAGCAUAUCUUGGAAAAGGAGAUGUGUGCAUGUACAGGCUUUACCAUUCCAGGACCUCUGACAUAAUGGACAUGACGCACUGUCAUUCAGUAUUACGUUGAGCAGACAUUUUGAACUAAUCACAAUUGGUUUGUAAAACACUUACGUUCAUGUAAUACAAAAUUAUUUAAUGUAUUAUAAUUUUUCUUUUUUAUAUAAUGUCUAACAAAAACACAGCUGCAACAUUUUUGAUUCCUGUUAAUUUUGUUCUUUAAUUAAAUGACUACUUA